AUGGAGGAUUUCUACCGGGUCACGGGAUUUUGGUGGCGUCGUGGGUUUGGAGUUGCCUGGACGCAUCGCUACUGCCCUCACCGCCCAAUUAGGACAGCCUCCCCCGUGGACCAGCGCAAAUUAUCGACAUGGCAGCACAACAUGGGACUGGUGGACAAAGUGGCCGAGCGCGGUGGCAUACGUCAAAAGUACGAGAUGGUUGAGACUUGGGGUCUGCAGCGAAUACAUGUCGCCGGAAGACGUUCCCGGAAUGAAAAUUCGAUCCAAGGGCGGUGCAUGCCACACAAUCGGAUUGCACAUCGCCUCGAACCGUGUCUCGCCAACCAGGACCUUCCACGAUCCUCAAGCCAGACGUUCGUCAAAAUUGCAUGCCGCCUACACGUCGCUACCAAUGCCCAAAACCACCGGUGCUCUCGCACCCACCUUCACUUGGCCUCAGCGGAGAUCACUGUUAAACUGAUGACACAACGGCUCUGUAAAACGAACGGCACAACCUUGGACUUUUCGAUUCCUCCACCUCAAACGGACAACGCUCCUUCAUCCAUUGCCCGUCUCGAAGAGGCAACCGCCGUACCAUUUUUCAAUUCGAUUGUUGUGCGCACCACGUUGGAAUUCUCAUCGCCUACCGGCGUAGAUUGCUGA